UGUUGCAAAAAAAAAUAGAUAUUUUUUUGCCCAUACUCAAUAUGUCCGAUUCGACCUCAUAGUCAUAUGAGGAAGUGAAUGCAGGAAGCUUCGUGUUCAUGAAACACCGGUGUUCUGUCAUCGACUGAUACCCGUGUGUUACCAGCAUGGGGUCCCAGGAUGUCCUCACUGACACAACCAAACUGGCCUCCUACAGCAUGAUUCUGCAGAUUAUGUUUCGGAUCCUCACAUUUGGUUUAAAUGCUUUUACACUACGGUACAUCUCAAAGGAGAUCAUUGGCAUUGUUAAUGUCAGACUCACCCUGUUAUAUACGACUGUGGUAUUCCUCGCCCGUGAAGCAUUUCGCCGAGCCUGUCUCAGCCACUCCUCCCAGCAGAACUGGAGGCGCACCAUUAACCUCAUCUGGUUGGCGGUACCACUUGGCAUUUGUUGGUCACUGAUCUUAGGCUGGGUUUGGCUGCGGAUCCUGGAAGUCCCAGACCUGGAAGAAAUUCCGCAUUAUGGCACCGGAGUCUUGGCGUUUGGAUUCUCUGCGGUUGUCGAGCUUCUGUCUGAACCCUUUUGGGUCCUGGCUCAGGCACAUCUUUUUGUUAGAUUAAAGGUGAUUGCCGAGAGUCUUGCUAUAAUUAUUCGCUGCUCGCUCACAGUGAUCCUGAUUCUGCUCUGUCCUCACUGGGGCCUAGUCAUCUUUUCAGUGGCCCAGGUACUGUAUACCAGCGUGCUGUCUCUGUGUUAUGUGCUGUACUUUGCAAGGUAUUUGGGCUCUCAGGAGGCAGAAAAAAAAUAUUUCCCUAUCCGUAGGAUGACAGAAUUUCUACCCCAGUGGUCCACAGCCAAGAAUUUUCUAGACUGGACCCAGGCACGGCUGGCGCUGAGCUUCUUCAAACAAUCUUUUCUGAAGCAGAUUCUGACAGAGGGAGAGCGAUACGUCAUGACCUUUCUUAAUGUGUUAUCGUUUGGUGAUCAGGGCGUGUACGAUAUUGUGAACAAUUUGGGCUCGCUUGUGGCUCGCUUUAUCUUCCUGCCCAUAGAGGAGAGCUUCUAUGUCUUCUUUGCAAAAGUCUUGGAAAGAGGGAAGGAUGUCAAAAACCAGAGAAAGGAUGACAUUUCUACAGCAUCUGAAGUUCUGGAGUCACUGCUGAAGUUGGUGACUCUAAUUGGUCUGAUCAUCGUUGCCUUUGGAUAUGCAUAUUCGCAGCUGGCACUGGAUAUGUACGGAGGGUCCAUGUUGAGUCACGGCACAGGUCCUAUGCUCCUGCGCUGCUACUGUCUAUACGUUCUCCUGCUGGCGAUCAACGGAGUCACCGAGUGUUUUACGUUUGCAUCAAUGAGCAAAGAAGCGGUAGACAGGUAUAAUUACGUCAUGCUGGGACUGUCUCUGACGUUUCUCAGCCUCUCCUAUUAUAUGACCCUUUGGUUGGGCAGCAUUGGCUUCAUCUUGGCGAAUUGCUUCAAUAUGUGUUUACGGAUCAGUCACAGCUUGCUCUACAUCAGGAGAUAUUACCAGGGGAGCAUGUACCAGCCGCUGACCGGCCUUCUGCCCUCCCUGCCAGUCAUCUGUGUCCUGAGCUUUAGCGCAGCGGUCACUGUAUACUCAGAGGUAGCUCUGUGCUGUGACAAGGGCUGGCUAUACCGGCUCGGACACAUACUUGUUGGGGCUUUCACCCUUGUACUCACUCUCUGUGUAACGGUCUUGUCAGAGCACAGACUGACCAGCUUUGUCCGCAGUCAUUUUCUGACCAGACGUCCAAAAAAGAAAGCGUAACCCAAGAUCUGGCUACAGAGAUAUAUACUCGGACCUGGCACAGAGGACACCCCCGAGCGAACAAGGAACUGUAAUGCAGAAUGGGCAGUAUCAGGAGAUGGAAUUUGGAGGGCAAGACAUAAUGAGCACAUGUAUGAAAAAUAAUUGAGAAAGCAGAUUCGAAAGCGUCAAGCGCGAUAAUGUGCGAGAAAAUAGUAGCACGAGAACAAAAUAUAAAGAGAGUGAAUAAUAUAAAAACCGAGAAAAUAGAAAUGAUACAGAGGUCAAAUGAUACAAAAUGUAAUUACAGAGUGGGGCUGAGAGGAGGAUUAUUUCAGGUUUAAUUUGCAGUACUGCUGCUUUAUGAAAAUGGUGGUUAAUGCAAAGAAUAGACAUCUAAUAGAGGUGGUAAGGGUUAAUGUAAAGGAAUUUUCUGAAUGUCUGGGAUGAGUAUUAGGCAAUCUUGAGGAACAAAGUCUAAGCUUCGGAUAAGAAUAUGGGUAGAACAGACGGGGCUGGUCAUUCAAAAUAUGUUUCUGUAACUCAAUAAGGAAAACUCAAAAAGACAGAGAGAGGGGGGGCAGAUGUGAGUUAUUUAAAGAGUACCAAAAAUCACAGUAAGGGUUAAAGGAGGGUGACUAUGGGAUAUGCAGCAGGGGUCAUGCUUCUGAUUUCUUCUCACACUUGGGUUUAUAACUGAAGUAGAGGGGCUUUGUGUUAUGUAGCAGGUGUAUCUGUAUCUGCUCUGUGGCACCAGAUGUGUAUGUAACAGAUGUACCCGUGUGACUGCUGCAGGGCCCAUGUAUCUGCUCUGUGGCACCAGAUGUGUAUGUAACAGAUGUACCCGUGUGACUGCUGCAGGGCCCAUGUAUCUGCUCUGGGCACCAGAUGUGUAUGUAACAGAUGUACCUGUGUGACUGCUGCAGGGCUCAUGUAUCUGCUCUGUGGCACCAGAUGUGUAUGUAACAGAUGUACCCGUGUGACUGCUGCAGGGCCCAUGUAUCUGCUCUGGGCACCAGAUGUGUAUGUAACAGAUGUACCCGUGUGACUGCUGCAGGGCCCAUGUAUCUGCUCUGUGGCACCAGAUGUGUAUGUAACAGAUGUACCCGCGUGACUGCUGCAGGGCCCAUGUAUCUGCUCUGUGACACCAGAUGUGUAUGUAACAGAUGUACCCGCGUGACUGCUGCAGGGCUCAUGUAUCUGCUCUGUGACACCAGAUGUGUAUGUAACAGAUGUACCUGUGUGACUGCUGCAGGGCUCAUGUAUCUGCUCUGUGACACCAAAUGUGUAUGUAACAGAUGUACCUGUGUGACUGCUGCAGGGAUCAUGUAUCUGCUCUGGGCACCAGAUGUGUAUGUAACAGAUGUACCCGUGUGACUGCUGCAGGGCUCAUGUAUCUGCUCUGGGCACCAGAUGUGUAUGUAACAGAUGUACCCGUGUGACUGCUGCAGGGCUCAUGUAUCUGCUCUGUGACACCAAAUGUGUAUGUAACAGAUGUACCUGUGUGACUGCUGCAGGGAUCAUGUAUCUGCUCUGGGCACCAGAUGUGUAUGUAACAGAUGUAUCCGUGUGACUGCUGCAGGGCUCAUGUAUCUGCUCUGGGCACCAGAUGUGUAUGUAACAGAUGUACCCGUGUGACUGCUGCAGGGCUCAUGUAUCUGCUCUGGGCACCAGAUGUGUAUGUAACAGAUGUAUCCGUGUGACUGCUGCAGGGCCCAUGUAUCUGCUCUGUGACACCAGAUGUGUAUGUAACAGAUGUAUCCGUGUGACUGCUGCAGGGAUCAUGUAUCUGCUCUGGGCACCAGAUGUGUAUGUAACAAAUGUACCCGUGUGACUGCUGCAGGGUC